AAGUGCCUUGCCGACCUUUUCAGCCCUGAUUGCACGUUCCAGUUCCUUCCCCCCGCCCUGCAAAAUCGCCUGCUGGCGCUUCGGACUGCGAAUCGAGAGGCCUGGCGUCGGGCGCAUGAGUACACACGCAUCGCCGCUGCAUCGACCGAUGUGUACAGUCCGGCUGAACAGCCUCUCUAUCCGCCCGAAGUACUUGUCUGGUUGUGCGAGCCACAAUUUAAGCUGGAGCAAGUGCCCUUCAUGCGCACUUUCAUGUCUGUCAUUGCUACUUCUGCCUUUCUUAAAGGCUUACUGCAUUUAAAACCACUGGCUGGGGAAAACGAGAGCUGUCCCGAAGGCUGGUGGGAUGAGGUCUCAAGGGAGCAUUUUUUGGCCUACUUCCGCUGCCUCCUCCAAAUCCUCAGCUACAUGCAGGAAACAAAUUCCAUGCAACGAAACCUCGAGAGGAAUGCGGACGCAAAGCAGAAGUUGCUUACCCUUAGGCUCCUGAGUGACAAUAGCUGUCGUCUUUCUCUGCUAAUCACGCUAUCUGCCCAUCUGGCUAGCACCGAUCGUACUCUCCUUCUCGCUGCCAUUAAAGAAACCCGAGAGGCCUUUGAACAACGUGUCGGCGUUAUAGAUCGUUGUUUCCGGGUGGCUCCCUUCACGCACACACAAGAAAGUAGCCUUGUCGGGCAAAGGGACGACAAAGAAAUCGCAAGUACCUCCUUCCAAGCUCUGGGAGCCACGUCGGAAGUCUACGAGUACGACGUGGCAAAAAUGAGAGUGAGCAUCGUGCAGCCUCUACCUCGGCUAUUGGCAGCCCUUUACGGAUAUGGAAUUGAAAUGGGUCUUUCCCCCGCCCUCCUGGGUCUGGCUGAUGAGGGAUUUGUUAAUCUUGUAAUUGAGAGGCCACUGCAAAUGGUCACUUUUUUGGCCCAGUGGUCAGCAAACCUGUGGCUGCCAAACAGUGACGAAUGUCAAAAGCUCGUGAGUGAUCAGGCUCAACCGUUUGAUAUGCUUAAAUUACUAUUGUACAUGUCGCCCAGCCUCAUAGUGUUCACAUUGUUCCAAUCUUAA